UCUCGCUGGUCGCCACUCUAAGGAAAUAAUAAUAAUUCCUCAAUCGAAGAGCUGACAAAAACAAGCGCAUGCCUAAGAUCUCGGCUACUUAUUAUUAAUUAUUGUCGCUCCUGCCUGGCUUCCCAACCUCAACGCACAACUUUCCAAAAUGGCCCAGCCUGCGAAAGCAUUCGUAGGUCCCAUGAUUCAUUCCCUCUCGGCGUCCGAAAUCGAGGUACUCCCUUAUGCUCUGCUUGCAGUCAACAGUGAGGGGAAGAUUACCUCCCUCCUUCGGGACGUCAACCCACAGCGGGCGCAAGACGCGCUUAAAGCUCUUAACUUUCCCCCGGAAUUAGUCACGAUUCAUUACCUCGGUCCGGGUCAGUUCCUCAUCCCCGGUUUCGUAGACACGCACAACCACGCCCCGCAAUGGGCGCAACGCGGCUUGGGUCAGGGGAUGCACAUCCUCGACUGGCUCGACGCCAUCACCUUCCCCAACGAGGCCCGGUUCCACGACCCAGAGUACGCUCGCCGCAUCUACUCCAGCUGUGUCGACGGUUUUCUCCGCCAGGGCAUCACGACCGCCUCGUACUACGGCUCCAUCCACGGGGAGGCCACCAAGACGCUGGCCCGUCUCUGCCUGGAGGAGGGCCAGCGCGCGCUCGUGGGCAAGUGCAACAUGACGCGCAACGCACCCGAGUACUACCGCGACGCGUCGGUCGAGGAUAGCCUGCGGCUCACCGAGGAGUGCAUCGACUACGUCAGGUCGCUGGAUCCCGCGGGCAACCUCGUCAGGCACGUCCUCACCCCGCGGUUCGCCAUCUCGUGCGACGCCGAGGUGCUGCGGGGGCUCGGCGACAUUGCGCGCAACAACCCGGACCUCCCGAUCCAGACGCACUUCAACGAGGCCGAACAGGAGAUGAAGGCGACCAGGGAGCUAUUCCCGCAGUUCGCGAGCGAGGCCGAUCUGUACGAGCACUUCGGUCUGCUGGGCGAGCGGUCGAUCCUGGCGCACUGCUGCCACAUGACCGACUACGAGAUGGAGCGGGUCAAGGCGUUGGGGUGUGGCGUCGCGCACUGCCCCAUAUCGAACAUGACCGUCGGCGGCGGCUUCAUGGCCGCCCCCGUCCGGGAGUUCCUGCGGCGGGGGAUCAAGGUCGGGCUGGGCACCGACAGCGGCGGCGGGUUCUCGAGCAGCAUCCUAGACGCGAUGCGCCAGGCCAUGAUCGCCAGCUACGCGCGCGAGGUCAUGUCCAAGGGACAAGACAAGGGCUUGUCCGUGGAUGAGGUGUUCUACCUGGCUACUCUGGGCGGUGCCCAGGUCUGCGGCUUGGGUGACAGGAUUGGAAAUUUCGAGGUGGGCAAGGACUUUGACGCCAUCGUCGUCGGGACUCAGGGGAGCGAACAGGGAAUCAUGACCGUGGUGGAGGAAAAUGAUAGCCUCAGAACCGUGUUUGAAAAGUUCAUCAUGACGGGGGAUGACAGAAAUCUCAUCAAGGUUUAUGUCCAGGGACGGCCGGUAAAGGGUUAAUAGGUACUUAAUCGAGGCGUAAAAAGGGCUGCGGCUCAGCCAUGAUGCGGAAUUGCCCCGUCGUCGUCCAUGAGGCAUUUCAAGUGUGCGUUAUAGUGGACUUUGGCUAAUUAAUUAGGUCAAACAGGAUAUUAAUUAUUACCAACAGGCAACAUGAAAGAAGAAAAACAGUUCUUGCCGCGAACAG